AUGGUUUGUCUAGCUUCCGUUUAUGGAAAAUGGGUGGUGAUGGAAGACAAGACAUGGAAUUUUGAGGUCGAUAAAGGAAAAGGAGGGAGGAUGUUCUACUUGCGUGAUGGUUGUACACAUGAGGAGCUCCUUACAAUGGUACAAGCUGACUAUAUGCUGGAUAUGGAACCAGAGCGGGUGGAGUUAUCCUAUCCAUUACCAGAUGUUAUGCUCCAUCAAAUGCCCUCUGACUUUCCUCCUAUGUACAUCACCAACGAUGGGCAGGUCCAUAGCUUGAUAGAGACAUGCAAAACGCAUGUGCUGCGCCUUUGCAUCUCUGUUGGAAACAAGGAUAAAGGUCAGCAGAGAGAUGAGGAUAACUAUGUCGAUGAAGAUAACUAUGUGGAUGAGGAUGAGUAUGAAGAGGAGGAGGAACUUUCAGAUGUAAACUGGGAUGCAAAUUCAGAUGAAGAAGUUGAGGAAGAGUAUGAUGAUGCAGGGGACGAUGACUAUGUGGAUGAAGAUUUUGCAGGAAAGAAAGCUGAAGACACGGACGCAGACUAUAGUGAGUAUGGGAAAGUUCAAGAUGAAGAUGAUUGGGAGAAAAAACGCUUUGAAGAAAGGCUUCGCAGAGGUGAUUUGAAUGGUCAUGGGGUAGGAUUCGAUGGGUCAGGCGAUAUAUCAGUUGGCCAGAGCUAUGUAAGCAAGAAUGAUCUCAUAUCUGCCUUGCGAGUGAAGGCAGUGAAGUCUAGAUUCGCCUUCAAGGUUUCUAAGUCUACUACCAAGCUCUAUGUGGCAAAAUGUUUUGUAGAUGGAUGCAAAUGGAUGUGCAGAGCUGCUAUAAAGAAUGAGGCAAAGAGGUUCUUUGUCACAAAGUAUGUCAAGGUUCAUACAUGCUCUGUGGUGGACCGUGCUCGAUUCCGCAAGGGAUGUACUCCAAGAGCUUUAAAAGCUGCCCAACUUUUUGUUAGGGGAACACCAGAAGCUGGAUAUGCGGCUUUGCCCUCGUACUUGCGAAGAGUGAAGCAGUCAAACCCGGGCUCCGUGACUGACCUUGUAUGUGAGGCUAAUGGUCAAUUCAAAUACUGCUUCUUGUCCUUGUAUGCUUCAAUGGUUGGCUUUCAGUACUUGAGACGUGUUAUUGUGGUAGAUGGGACUCAUCUAACUGGAAAGUAUGGAGGAACAUUGCUGGUUGCAGCCGGACAAGAUGCUAAUUUUCAGGUUUUCCCGUUGGCAUUUGGGAUUGUAGAUGCCGAGAAUAACGAAUCAUGGGGGUGGUUUAUGAACAAGUUGCAGCAAUGCUUUUCAUCUCAUCACAUGGUCAUUAUUUCGGACAGGCACCCCUCCAUACCUAAUGCAUGUCUCAAUGUUCUACCUUGGGUAACCAGAGGUAUUUGUUACUACCAUCUUCAGGGAAACAUUGUCUCAAAGUCAGAGCUGGGUGCAAAGGAUUUGAUGUACUUGGUGAAAGGAGCUGCAUACGCCCAUACGCUGAGAGAGUAUAACCGUUGCAUGGCAUCAAUCCGGGCUGCUAAACCUGCACUUGCGAACUACUUAGAGUUAGCAGAUCCUAAGUUAUGGUCCAGAGUACAUUUUCCAGGGGAUAGAUACAAUAUAAAGACAAGUAACAUUGCUGAAUCUAUCAAUUCCGCAUUGAAGAGAGCAAAGGGCUUUCCAAUACCGUAUCUGCUGCAAUUCAUCCGGGAGAAGUUGGGGGUUUGGUUUGCCAAAAGGCGAGAGGACGCCUUGAGUCUUCAGACCCCAUACAGCAAGGGAGUUGAAUAUUUGCUAGCUAUUCGUACACACCACGCAGAAACAUACACUGUGGAACACAUAGAUGGAUGGACUUUCAAUGUUAUAGGCGGAGGAGGGCAUUAUAUUGUGAAUUUGGAAAACCGUUCCUGCGAAUGUGGUGUAUUCCAGAUUGAGAAAAUACCUUGUUCACAUGCGAUUGCAGCGUCUACUGAGGCAAACAUGCACAUUUCGCAAAACGUGUGUAUGACAUACACGAAAGAAUCUUUGUAUGCAACAUAUGCACGUCCCAUAUACCCGGAGCCUACAGAAGAUGCAGAGGAAGAAGAAGACAUUUGCUUACCUCCAGAAGUGGCGCCAACUCGUGGCCGGAAAAAGAAAUCAAGGUAUCUAACAUGGCUAGAAUUGUCAAGGAAGAGACAGCCCAAACCAAGGAAGGUCCACAAAGUUUAUAGCUGUUCGUUGUGCAGGGUUCCAGGACACACCCGACCUCAUUGUGUAAGCCAUUGA